AUGCCGAGGGUGUCGAGCAAGCAGGGAGCGUACUCCAAGAUCUCCCGUGAUAACAGCCGCUACCUAAUUCCGCCGCAACAAGUGAGGCUAGGGCAGAACCAAGACCUCAGUCCUCACCUGUCUCCUCUCACCCACCUAUGUUUCCGACUCGUAGAAGUUUCUCGGACUAAUGGAGGAUUGAACGUUAGGGAACGGGCCUAUUGCCACAGCAUUCCUCAGAUCAAUCAGGCGGUGGAGGGAAAUGAAAGAGUUGUGAUCUCAGUACCCCGGGGUAAGAGCGGUUACGGCUUUUCCUUUGUGGGGGAACUUCCGCCCAAGAUUGGUCGGGUGGACAAAGCCUCACCGGCCGAGCAGGCGGGCCUCAGGACAGGAGACCAGGUGGUCAAGAUUAACGGUCAGAACGUGUCAAGGUCAUCGUGUGAGGGCGUGGCACAUCUGGUCAAACGAGGGAUUGGAACCUCCACCGACCGCAUCUACGAGAAAAUACCUGGGGACGGCCAACGAGGCAAGGAAGGCAGGGGCCGGCAGGAUGGGACGAACCUCACACAGAUGACGGAGGAAGAGGAGGAGGAGGAGGAAGAAGAGGGGGAGGAGGAGGGGGAGAACACGACAGCUUACACUGAGGAAGAGACGUGUUUUCUGACAGAUGAAGACCUGAGUUGUAUACAGAACUACUGUGACGGGCGGCGAGUUGUGACCAGCACACCCAUGCCUGCACUCGCCGACACCAGGGAGUCUGGCUCGCAGUCUCCAGCCCACAGGCACGAGUCUAUUCAUCGACUGAUGAGUCUGGAGUUCCAGUACUGUGACGUCAUGCGCUAUGGCCGAGAGAGAUUCUCGAGACCUCUCAGACACUCCAUCCUCUCUGUCUCAGAACAUGGCUGUCUUUUCCAGAACGUGGACAAGCUGGUGUCAAUUUCCGAGAGCCUGGUGAAGCAGAUGCAGAAGAACACGUCAGAACAGACGUCAGACUCGGAUGAUUCACAGAUCUCUGAGACCGCCAUGUUCCCAAACUCUGUGGCUCUCAUCUACCAGUCACGGAUCGACACGCUGUGCCAAUCCUACGAAAGCUACGCUGGGGGCGUGGGAAGCUCCGUGUCUCUGCUCAAAGACCUGAACAGACGACCGGAGUUCAAGACCUUUCUCCGUGCCCCUUCCUCUGAACCAGGCAGUCCCUCCCAGCACAUGACCCUCAAGGCUUUUGUCAACAGACCUGUGCAGCACAUCCAACAGCUGUACUCUGUCCUGGGCGAGAUCUUCGCCUCCACCCCCCAACAGUCCCCGGACUUCUCCGUCCUGCAGCAGACGAUGCUCAAACUGUCGCGCUGUGUGGGCUCAAUCCUCAACCUGGGCUGUGGCGCCCGUGUGGCCAGCCUCGACUCUCUCGCCUCCUCCCAGGACUUGACCAGCAGUCAGGCCACCAGUUGCUACGACUCUGGCAGCAUGACGUCUUUAGCAUCCAGUUGUCUGUCUGAGGAGGCAGACAUGUUCUUUCCCACGGCACACUCUGAGGUUGCUAGGAUACAAGACAAGCUUGUCUUUGCCCCGGAUGUUCCGACAUUCCAACUGUGCGAAAAAGGCAGGCGGCUGCUGCACAAAGGUGACGUUUACCGUAGCGGCGAAAGCUCGUGGUUCAAGUCCCGGCUGUUGUUGUUCUCUGACGUCAUUCUGCUGGUCGACGUUGCUGAGGAUGGGAGUCUGCAGGUGACCAACAGGCCUGACUAUGUCCAGGACCUGACAGCUGUAGAGGUCAACAUUUGCUCUGUGCUUCCACUCCGCCUCAGAGAUCAAAACAUUGACGCUCCGAGCGACUUCUUCUCAAGACAAAAUGGCGUGGCAGGCAGUGCUGGAGCGGAGAUUAGCGUCCCUUGGUGGAGGCAAAAGACAGCCCUUCCGGUGUUUAGAUAAUGUCUUUGGCGUCAAGACCAGUGUUUACUUGUAGAGGAUGAGCGUGAUAAUAUUGUGUUGACUUGGCCUUUCUUGUCUGUCUACCUGUCUGCUUGUCUGUCUGUCUGCUUGUCUGUCAGUCUUU